CAGUCCUACAGGAGGCAUCAUGGCGGCACCUAAUGAGAAGAAGCGUGGUCUUGAACAUUUGGACGAAUAUGAACCUAAACCAGCCAAACACCUCCGCAGCCUGCACGACCGUAUGGCAGAGCGGAGACUGGUUGUUAUUCUGGAGGGAGCAUCGUUAGAAACGGUGAAGGUCGGGAAAACAUUUGAGCUGUUAAACUGUGACCAGCACAAAAAUAUGAUCGUCAAAAGUGGAAGAGAUCCAGGACACAUAAGACCAGAUAUCACACAUCAGUGUCUGCUCAUGCUGAUGGACAGUCCGCUGAACAGGGCAGGCCUGCUGCAGGUUUACAUCCACACAGAGAAAAACGCUUUGAUAGAGAUCAACCCGCAGACCCGCAUCCCAAGAACCUUCACCCGCUUCUGUGGCCUCAUGGUUCAACUGCUGCACAAGCUGAGUGUCAGAGCCGCUGAUGGUCCACAGAAGCUUCUGAGGAUGAUUAAAAACCCAGUGUCCGACCAUCUGCCUCCUGGCUGCCCUCGCAUCGCCACCUCCUUCUCUUCAGGAGAGGCCGUCUGCCCCCGGUCUGUGGUGCCAGAGGGACCAGCUGCUGUGGUGAUCGGAGCAUUUGCACAUGGAGCGGUGAAUGUGGACUACACGGAGAAGACCGUGUCAAUCAGUAACUACCCGCUCUCUGCAGCACUGACCUGUGCCAAGAUGUGCUCUGCCUUUGAGGAAGUGUGGGGGGUCCUGUGACAAACAGGUGGUGGACUACUGAGGAGACAGGAGACUACACAGACAUUUUUUCAGUGGACUAAGAAUGGAUAUGCUGAAAACAUGGCACCAAAUGUCUGUUUCACUAGUGAGGCCAUGUGGACUACAAGGAUGAUGCUGUUUGGCCGCCAUGUGGAAUACUCAUUCAUUUUUGUACCCAAUCUUCCUUUUCCAUGUUUUGUACAAUUAUUCAUUGUAGUAACCAAUUCCUGGAG